AUGGUAAAAAUAACUUUUUGUAAAAGCUGGUCAUUCCUGAAAACAUUUAAAAGAAACCACAGUUCAAAAGAAUGGCUAUUACGACAAAAAACUGAUCCUUAUGUAGAAAAAGCCAAAAUAAAAAGCUAUAGGUGUCGAAGUGCAUUCAAACUAUUGCAAAUGGAUGAUAGAUUUUCUAUAUUGAAACCAGGCCAAUGUGUAAUAGAUAUUGGUGCAGCUCCGGGUAGCUGGUCACAAGUAGCUGCAUCUAGAAUUAAUUCAAAUGCUACUAAUAGUGAAAUUCCAACUGGCUUACUGAUUGGUAUUGAUCUUCAACAAAUGUAUCCGAUAAAAGGAGUAACAUUAUUAGGAAAUUCUGAUUUCACAUCUCCUAAAACUUGGCAAAAGAUAAAAGAAUUAUUAAAUAACCGUCCUAUAGAUGUUGUUUUAAGUGAUAUGGCACCUAACGCUUCAGGAGUGAAACAUUUAGACCAUGAUUUAAUCAUAAAAUUAGCAUAUUCAGUAGUUAAAUUUGCUGUUUUAAACUCGAAUGUUGGUGCAACAUGUUUAAUUAAAAUACUGGAUGGUAAUCAAAAUGCAGAGAUUGAAAAUACUUUGAUAAAAUUUUAUUCAAAUGUAAAAUUUGUAAAACCUGAAGCUAGUCGAUCAGAUUCAGCUGAAAAAUAUCUACUUGCUCGUGGAUUUAAAGGACUUAAACAAAGUUAA